CGAUCAACUCUUCUCUCUGCUACACUCACACGCCCAGCAUGAAGCCCUCGACAUCCCUCAGCCAAGCAGCAUACAUCGUCGCUUCGAAGCGCACUCCUUUCGGCGCAUUUGGAGGCAAGCUGGCCAAGUUCACGGCUGCCAACCUCGGAGGAUUGGCCUCUCGCGCAGCCCUCGACCAGCUGCCAAACGGCAUUGAGAAGGAGAUCAAGGCUACCAUUUUCGGCAACGUCCACGCUAGUGACAAUGCUGCUGCCUACCUCGCUCGUCAUGUCGGUCAUCACGCCGGCCUUCCCGUGACCGUGCCUGCUCUGACCGUCAACAGGCUGUGCGGCUCGGGCUUCCAGUCGAUCAUCAACGCCGUCCAGGAGAUCAGGUGCGGCGAUGGAGACCUGAUCCUCACGGGAGGUACCGAGUCAAUGUCACAGGCUCCCUACACGCUCCACGGCGUCCGCUUCGGUGGCGGCAAGUACGGUGUAGACCUCAAGCUCGUCGACUCCCUCGCUGCCGCCCUCACCGACAUGUACCCGAAGCCGACGCCCAUGGGCAUCACAGCUGAGAACCUCGCAGACAAGUACGGGAUCACCCGCCAGCAAUGUGAUGAGUUCGCCCUCAGAUCGCAGCAGCGCUUCGCUAAGGCGCUGGAGGAGGGAGCGUUCAAGGACGAGAUUGUGCCCGUCGAGGUGCCCGUCAAGAAGACGACGGAGACGUUUGCGGCUGAUGAGCACCCGCGUGCAAAGACGACCAUCGAGUCGCUUACCAAGCUGCCCUCGGUCUUCAAGAAAGACGGAGCAGUUACUGCGGGUAAUGCAUCGGGCAUCUGCGACGGAGGAGCCGCCAAUGUCGUCGCGUCAGAGGAGGCCCUCAACAGGUACGGCCUGACCCCACUCGCCCGCGUCGUCUCGUACUCCGUCACCGCCUGCGAGCCGACGAUCAUGGGCAUUGGCCCCGUUGAGGGGAUCCGACAAGCCCUCGCUCGCUCAGGGUACACGAUGGACGACAUGGAUUUGAUCGAGGUCAACGAAGCCUUUGCCGCCCAGGCCCUCAGCGUGCAGAAGGAGCUGGGCAUCCCCGACGAGAAGUUCAACAUUCAUGGUGGGGCCAUUGCCGUAGGGCAUCCCCUCGGAGCGUCGGGUGCGAGGAUUGCGGCGUCUACGGUGCACAACUUGAGGAGGUUGGGCAAGAAGAGGGCGGUAGUGAGCGCAUGCAUCGGUGGCGGCCAGUCGGCGACGCUCGUCCUCGAGGUGGUUUAAAAGCGCCGAGGCAGAGCUCAGCUAGAAUAGAACCUCCUGACAACCUCAUCGUGAUGAUUCCGCCUGCCAAUCUGAUGUUAUCUCAUCGUGAACCGUUGCUCGCUAUCAUGGAAAUCGCCAGCCUCAGCUC